CCCAGCAGUGUGGUCUCAAGAUGUAUCAAGCGUCGCUAAAAGAUUUAACUGAUAAAGAAUUGGAGAAAAAGUUCUGCACAAUUGAAAUUCAAGCAGCAUUUAUUCUCUCCUCCUUUGUGACUUUCUUCGGGGGACUCAUCAUUUUAUUCGCUUUCAGAUUAAUCUUGAGAGUCUCAAAAAGAUGUCGAAGCAUCAAGUAUACAGGAAUAAUCUUGGAACUGUUCACAUCAGGGAGAAUUGACCUUAACCCUUUAAGAAGAGUUUACUUUUAUAGAUUAUUUCGUAAUCGUGUAGAAAUGCUGCUUUCUGCACAGACCAUCGUGGGGCAAAUGUUGGUGAUCCUUGUCUUUGUACUAAGCAUCGGCUCUCUUGUAAUCUAUUUCAUCAAUUCAACGGAUCCCAUCGGAAGGUGUACUUCCUAUGAAGACAAAACCAUCCCUGUUGAUCUGGGUUUCAAUGCUUUCUUUAGCUUCUAUUUUGGGUUGAGGUUUUGGGCAGCUGAAGACAAGAUCAAGUUCUGGUUGGAGAUGAAUUCAAUUGUAGACAUUUUUACCAUCCCACCAACCUUUGUUUCUUAUUAUUUGAAGAGUAAUUGGCUAGGUUUAAGGUUUCUAAGAGCUUUGCGAUUGCUUGAACUCCCUAAAAUCUUAAAUAUCCUCCAAAUCAUCAAGAGCAGUAAUUCAGUGAAGCUUUCCAAACUCUUGUCAAUAGUUCUCAGUACCUGGUUCACAGCUGCAGGAUUCCUUCAUCUGGUGGAAAAUUCUGGUGAUCCCUGGCUCAAUGGUAGAAAUUCACAGAGUAUGUCAUAUUUUGAGUCCAUUUACCUGGUAACAGCAACAAUGUCAACUGUUGGCUUUGGGGAUGUGGUAGCCAAGACAUCCCUAGGACGGACUUUCAUUGUUUUCUUCACCCUUGGAAGUUUGGUUCUAUUUGCAAACUACAUCCCAGAAAUGGUGGAGCUUCUUACCAACAGGAAGAAAUACACCAAGCCCUAUGAAGUAGUCAGAGGAAAGAAGUUCAUCGUGGUCUGUGGAAACAUCACAGUUGACAGUGUGACUGCCUUUCUGAGGAAUUUUCUCCGCCAUAAGUCAGGAGUAGUCAACACUGAGAUUGUGUUCCUCGGAGAGGUUCCCCCGUCCAUGGAACUGGAGACCAUACUGAAGUGCUACUUGUCCUGCACGACAUUUGUCUGUGGCUCUGCACUGAAGUUCGAGGAUCUAAAGCGAGCUGCAGUGGAGUCUGCAGAAGCUUGCCUGAUCCUAGCCGACCCUUUGUGCAGUGACUCGCAUGCGGAAGACAACUCAAACAUCAUGAGGGUGCUUUCUAUCAAGAACUACAAUUCCCAGAUCAGAGUCAUCAUUCAGAUCCUUCAGUCCCACAACAAGGUUUUUCUGUCAAAAAUCCCCACCUGGAACUGGAGUGCCGGAGACAAUAUCAUCUGUUUUGCAGAACUAAAGCUUGGAUUUAUUGCCCAAGGCUGCUUGGUGCCAGGCCUGUGUACCUUUCUUACGACUCUGUUUAUUGAGCAAAACCAAAAGGUUUUUCCUAAGUAUCCCUGGCAAAAAUAUUUCUUGAAUAGCUUGCAGAACAAAAUUCUGACGCAGCGCCUCUCUGAUGACUUUGUUGGGAUGACAUUUCCUGAGGUCUCCCGGCUUUGCUUUGUGAAGAUGCAUCUCAUGCUGAUCGCCAUCCAGCACAAGUCCCUCUUUCACAACUGUUGUAGUCUUAUGCUAAAUCCCCCAGCACAAGUGAAGCUGAAUAAGGACACCCUUGGGUUCUUUAUUGCUGAAUCCUCACAAGCUGUCAAAAGGGCCUUCUUUUAUUGUUCCACCUGUCACUAUGAUGUGCACACCCCUGAGCUAAUUGAAAAAUGUGGCUGCAAAAACAGGAGCCAGCAACAGCUCACAGGUAAUUACAUAUCAUCUCUGUCCUUUGCCUGUUUUCUGGGGGUCUGGUCAAGGAAAGAGGGAAUGGCUUUCCUAGCUGUUCCCUGGGGCCUUUCAAGCAAGUUAGCUUUGUUAUACACUGGAGCCUUUGAUGACAAGGGUCUUCAAGGCUUUCCUAUUAUCUCAGUGCAGACAAAGGAGGUUUCUCUAACAGUUGUAGCCUUUCUGGCAUAUGACCUGGCUGCAGCUUUAAAUUUCUGCAGCUCUUUUCCUUGGCAGCCACCAGACAUCGUGGUGAUGAAGAAGAACAGCAGUAAAACCAGCAGCAGUUCAGAAAAUCAGGAUCUUAUUUCAAGAGAACAGGAAAGUUUGAUCACCAUCACAAGCCUUAAGAAUAGAACGAUUGACUCUCCCUUCUGUCUGCUCAGGAACAUGGUAAAUGACACAGUGGAUGAUGAUGAGCAGCUGGACAGCAAUGGCAUGUUUCACUGGUGCAAAUCAACGCCCUUGGACAAGGUGGUUCUGAAACGAACUGACAAGCCAAAACAUGAGUUUCGGAACCACAUUGUAGCAUGUGUGUUUGGAGAUGCCCACUCAGCCCUGGUGGGGCUUCGGAACUUUGUGAUGCCUUUGAGAGCCAGCAACUAUACCCGGCAUGAGCUGAAGGACAUUGUGUUUAUCGGGGCUCUGGAAUACUUCCAGAGAGAAUGGCGAUUUCUCCGGAACUUUCCCCAGAUAUACAUCAUGCCUGGAUCCGCACUCUACACUGGAGAUCUGCAUGCAGUCAACAUAGAGCAGUGCUCUAUGUGUGCUAUCUUAGCCUCCCCGUCCAAGCCACUGAGCAGCCAGAUUCUGGUGGACACUGAGACUAUCAUGGCCACCCUCAACAUCCAAUCCCUCCGGGUCAGCUACCCUAUCCAGACGCCUCCUGUGCCAGAAGCAAGUACUACAUCUCCCUUCAAUAAAUAUAGUCAAAGAAGAUACCAGCAGAUCCCCGUUCUCACUGAACUGAAGAAUCCCUCCAACAUCCACUUCAUUGAGCAGAUUGGAGAACUGGAUGGGACACUCAAAGGAACGAGCCUGCAUCUCAGUACUUCUUUCUCCAUGGGCACAGUUUUUUCAGGCAACUUCUUGUAUUCUCUUCUGGCCACGGCCUUCUACAACUAUCAUGUCCUGGAAUUACUUCAGAUGUUGGUGACAGGAGGUAUCAGUGCUCAGAUGGAACAGUGUUUGAUUAAGGAGAAGUACUAUGGGAUACAUGAAGGCUGUGCCACAGUCUUGUCUGGGAGGGCACGGUGUAAGCUGGGACUUCUCUCUUUAGACCAAACCAUUCUAUCAGACAUUAAGCCAAGAACCACCUUUGGACAACUCUUCUGUGGCUCAUUAGAUAAUUAUGGGAUCCUAUGUGUUGGCUUAUACCGUAUGAUGGAUGACGAGGAGUGCAACCCAGAACAAAAAAGGGGAGCUGCAUUCUGUGUAAAACUUUGUGACAGACACAUCAGCCACACUGUCCAAAUGGUGGUUUCAGAAUUUGUCUUUGGCCCUCCCUACAGGUUUGUAAUUACCAGGCCAGCUAAUGAGUGCCACCUGCUGCCUUCAGAUCUCGUGUUUUGCGCCAUCCCAUUUAGCACCACCUGUUACAAAACAGAAAAUGUUUCAACUCAAAUUCUCGAUGGCAUUACAGAUGUGAUGUCAGGGUCCCCAGAGACACAUCAGAGCAUACAGCAUCAUCCCGAAGUCAGCACAGGGGUAGAGAACCCAUCUCGACGCUCCAACUCCCGAGUCUAUCCUUUGGAGCCAUUUGCUACCAGUGAUCAAGGAAGAUAA